CAAACUCUUUUCGGGAGCAAUAGCGCAAGACUACUCCACCAACGUCCAUCAUGUUUGUGCCGCCAUGGCAAUCAUCGGAAACAGAGGAUGUAAAGAUGGAAGAAGCCCGUUCGGGCGCCCAGGCUGAAGCUGAAACACCUAGUAAUGAGGGUUCGAACUGGCAACAAGUUAAGACAGAUGAUGGACGUGUUUAUUACUACAAUUCCCAGACACAGGAAAGUGUCUGGGAAAAGCCAGAAGAAUUGAUGGAUCCUCUAGAAAAAAAACUUUCUAAACUUUCUUGGAAGGAAUAUGUGACGGCCGAAGGACGAAAGUACUGGUACAACGUCGAUACAAAACAGUCUGUGUGGGAAAUUCCGGAUGAGUACAGAGCCCUGUUGGACGAACAACACGAAGCUCCACCUGAAAAAAGAUUACCGGUUAAUGCUGGUUCACGGGAAAAUCACGUCUCUGCAGCAACUUCAAAACUCUCCACCACUUCAACAACACCUGCAGUUGCUCGAGUAUCCACUCAAGCUGCUGCUGUACCUAAUGGACCGCGACUAGGUGCUACAUCUUCUCCAGCAAAAACAAAAACCACUGUUCCAAGAGGGGACGGUACUCAUCCAGCGACUACUGCACCAAGAGAAAAAAAGCCUAAACGUCAUGACUCCGGUAAGCAUGAGGAGUAUGACACGUAUGAGGCUGCAGAGAUGGCCUUCUUUCGGCUGCUCGAGCGAUCUCAUGUUUCUUCAGAUUGGACAUGGGAACGUGCUGUGCAAGAACUUUGCACAGAAAAUGAAUACUACGUAAUCAAAGAUCCGUGGGAGAGAAAGCGGGCCUUUCUCACCUUUAUUUCGAACUGCGUUGCUGACGAAACGGAACGGGAAAAUAAUCGUGUGGCUUCUCUGAGGAAACAAUUCUACGAUAUGCUUGAACAUGAUGCUCAGAUGAAGCCAUACACGUUGUGGCGCACAAUCAAAGCUACCAUGGCCAAUCAUCCCGCGUUCCUAGCUGCGAAGGAUGAUACUGAACGUCAAGUUUUAUUUUUCGAAUACAAAAAGCGUCUGCAAGACGCCGAGCUUCAGCUUAAAAAACACCAAGAAGAGGAAGCCCUUGCUGAAUUUACCCUCUUGCUCCGUCGAACGGUUACUGACCCAUACACAAAAUGGAAGGAUGCCCAAGAACUGUUCAAUACAAAUUCUCUCUUUAGAGACAACCCUAAACUGCAACAUCUUAACAAAUUAGAUGCCCUGUCUGCCUUUGAAACUCAUGUUAAACGUCUUGAACGUGCCUACAUUUCGGAAAAACAACGUGCCAAACAAGAGCGAUCUCGCAACGAACGUCGCAAUCGAGACGCGUUUAAAAAGCUUCUCUCCGAGCUCGUUACUCAACGUAAAAUUACUAUGAACAGCAAGUGGAAAGAGGUUUACCCACUCUUUAGCAAUGAUUCUCGUUACCAAAACAUGCUGGGUCAAUCUGGUUCCACUCCGUUGGACUUUUUUUGGGAUACCAUUGUCUCACUUGAAGAAACAUACCAUACUCACAAAAACGACGUACAGGAUGCCUUAGAUGAACUUCACAUUGCUGUUUCUGAAACCAUGGAUAUUGCUUCUACCGUCGACCGGGUGUUGCGGAACACAAAAAUUGAAAAAGUAAGUGCUCUUUCGCCAGAAACAUUGGAGGAUAUUAUUACUCUUUUGCGAAAAAAGGCUAUUUUACGGAAGGCCGAUGAAAAACGAAACGAUGAGCGUCGACUUCGUCGUAAAAUUGACAAUCUACGCAGUGCCAUCAAAUACAUUGAGCCACCGAUUCCUUUGGAUGCCACUUAUGCACAGGUGCGCUCCAAAUUAGCGUCGUUGCCUGAGUUUACUGCACUUUCUUCCGAAGAACACCGGAUAGCAGCUUUUGAAAAGUACAUUCGCCGGAUGCGUGAACGUUACGAGGCUUCGGAGAAGCCAUCACGCUCAAGGCGUGCGUACUAUGGUGAUGAGUGGGAUGCUAAUGGUCCUAUGUAUGUAGAUCGUGAUUAUGGUCGCCGUGAAGGCACCCGCUCCCGUCCUUCAGAUUUCGAGUAUGAAGGUAGCCUCGCGAAACGUUCUCGCCUGAGAGUCUCUGCUUCUCCAGCGUCUCCUGCUGCACCGUUGGUCUCUUCUGCGUCUGCCGGCCCUCCUGUUCCGGCGGAAGACGCAGAAUCGAGCGAAGAAGGAGAGAUUCGUUAAGAAAAUGAUGAUUUCUUUACUUGAUGAUAAUGAAUAGAUUGUUUUUUCCGUCUCAUA